AGCGUCACAUCUUUGUCAGUGCACAAAAUGGCAUCCUACUGCUUGACCGUUUCCCGGCUUCAGCUUAUCCUGGGCCAUGGUGUUCGACGUCUCCAUGUGUCUGCGGCCCUCGGUGCUAAAGCCAAGGUGUCUAUGAGCCGUUUUGAGCCCAGCUCCUACAUCAACUAUGACAAACUUCAAUCCAGUGUCAAUAUUGUGCGCAAAAGGCUGGACAGGCCACUUACGCUUUCAGAGAAGAUUGUCUAUGGCCAUCUGGAUGACCCCGCAGGUCAGGAGAUCGUUCGAGGACGCACGUACUUGCGCCUGCGUCCGGACAGAGUGGCAAUGCAAGACGCGACAGCACAGAUGGCUAUGCUGCAGUUCAUCAGCAGCGGGCUGCCCAAAGUGGCCGUACCAUCCACCAUCCACUGUGAUCACCUAAUUGAGGCUCAGCUAGGAGGAGCUCAGGACUUGCAGCGAGCAAAGGAAGUGAAUCAGGAAGUUUACAAUUUCCUUGCCAGUGCAGGGGCUAAAUACGGUGUUGGUUUCUGGAAACCUGGCUCAGGAAUCAUCCAUCAGAUUAUUUUGGAGAAUUAUGCCUAUCCUGGAGUAAUGUUGAUUGGUACUGAUUCCCAUACACCUAAUGGUGGUGGAUUGGGCAGCAUCUGCAUUGGAGUGGGUGGAGCGGAUGCUGUUGAUGUCAUGGCAGGAAUUCCCUGGGAACUUAAGUGCCCCAAAGUCAUUGGUGUCAAAUUGACAGGCAGUCUGUCAGGUUGGACCUCACCAAAGGAUGUUAUUCUGAAAGUAGCUGGCAUCCUCACAGUAAAAGGUGGCACUGGUGCUAUUGUGGAGUAUCAUGGUCCUGGGGUGGAUUCCAUCUCUUGUACAGGAAUGGCUACUAUCUGUAAUAUGGGUGCUGAAAUUGGUGCCACCACCUCAGUCUUCCCGUACAAUCACCGUAUGAGGACGUACCUGGAGAAGACCGGUCGUGCAGAAAUUGCCAGUCUGGCUGAUGAGUACAAAGAUCUGCUCGUCCCUGAUGCUGGCUGUGAAUAUGACCAAGUGAUUGAGAUUAACCUGAGUGAGCUGAAGCCACACAUCAAUGGUCCCUUCACCCCUGAUUUGGCUCACCCAGUGUCUGAAAUUGGCUCUGUGGCAGAGAAGAAUGGUUGGCCUUUAGAAGUUAAAGUUGGUCUGAUUGGAAGCUGCACCAACUCCAGUUAUGAAGAUAUGGGCAGAGCUGCCUCUCUGGCCAAGCAGGCUCUAGACAAAGGACUCAAGUGCAAAGCCAUGUUCACAGUCACCCCUGGCUCUGAGCAGAUCCGUGCUACUAUUGAGAGAGACGGUUAUGCUAAGAUACUGAGUGAUGUUGGAGGAGUUGUCCUGGCCAAUGCUUGUGGACCGUGCAUUGGACAGUGGGACAGGAGAGAUGUUAAAAAAGGAGAGAAGAACACCAUAGUCACAUCCUUUAACAGGAACUUCACAGCUCGUAAUGAUGCCAAUCCUGCCACCCAUGCAUUUGUCACAUCUCCAGAGAUCGUUACUGCACUUGCCAUUGCGGGUACACUGCGAUUCAACCCUGAGGUUGACCAUCUCACAGCUCCCAAUGGAGAGAAGUUUAAGCUGGAGCCCCCUACAGGAGAUGAGUUGCCUGCACGUGACUUUGACCCGGGGCAGGACACGUAUCAGCACCCACCAGCUGAUGGCUCUGGCCUCAAAGUGAAUGUCAGCCCGCAGAGCAACCGCCUGCAGCUGCUCGAGCCCUUUGAUAAGUGGCAUGGCAAAGACCUGGAAAAAAUGCAAGUGCUUAUAAAGGUGAAGGGCAAAUGCACCACUGACCACAUCAGUGCUGCUGGACCCUGGCUGAAAUUCCGUGGUCAUUUGGAUAACAUCUCAAACAAUCUGCUUAUUGGAGCUGUGAACAUUGAAAACGAUGCAGUCAAUAAAGUCCGUAAUCAGCUGACUGGAGAAUUUGGUGCUGUACCUGAUGUUGCACGCAAUUACAAGAAAAAUGGUGUUUCAUGGGUUGUGGUGGGAGAUGAGAACUACGGUGAGGGAUCCAGCAGAGAACAUGCUGCUUUAGAGCCCAGACAUCUUGGGGGCAGGGCCAUCAUUGUCAAGAGCUUUGCCAGAAUUCAUGAAACAAACUUGAAGAAACAAGGCCUGCUUCCCCUUACCUUUGCUGACCCUGCUGAUUAUGACAAAAUCUGCCCAGAUGAUAAAAUCUCCAUCGUAGGCCUCAAGACUUUUGCCCCUGGAAAGCCUCUGCAUGCUGUUCUCCAGCACAGUGAUGGCAGCAAGGAAACUAUUGAGCUAAACCACACUUUCAACGAGACACAGAUUGAAUGGUUCCAGGCAGGCUCUGCUCUAAACAGGAUGAAGCAGCUGCAGUAAUAAGACUGGUCCCUAAGAAAGGGCAAGAAACUACACAGACAGAGUUGUGAGGCAUCAAAUAUUCAGCAGAUGGAUUUGUACUUUGUUAAGGCAUGAAUUAAACACACACCACAUAGUUACAGCAUCCUGUCUGAUUGACGUACGUGUCCAAUUAAGCAAUCGGUAUUGUCUAAAUAAUGUAUACAUGGGCACAAGGAAUUAUGAGGAGCAUAACGAUGAUAAACACCGUAGCAUUAAGGUAGAGAGCUGGUAUUUCACUUGGUUGUUUAAAAGUGCAUAAAGCUUUUCUUAUUUUAUGUUCUUGUUUCAUCUUGAAUCAGAUUGAGAAAGGGAACUUUACAGUGUACUACUAAAACGGCAACAGUGCCGUUUUCUUUAGAUGUCACGGUUGAUCUAAUAUGUAAUCUAAUUAUCUCUCCAUCAGCUGAGUAACUGUUACAUGUCUUUACUCUGCCCCUUGCUCAUCAUAAGCAAUGAGAACUGCUUGUGAAUCAUGUUUGGUGUUCUGUGGUAACUCUCAUAACUGUGUGAUCAUAGUUGUAAAGUUACCAUUGAGAAAUUAGUGCGCGUGAUUUUCGGACCUGUUUAUGUAACAAAUGAUUUGGUUGGCUUGCUGUCUCACAGGUUCAACAGAACCUUCUAACUCCACUGUACAGUCUGUCCUUAUGUUGUUUCACGUCAAAUCUUUGAAAAUAAGGCAGGAUUAUUUAUUUCAAUGAUCAAAAGUCAAAUAUCCAUAAAAUUUGUCAAAACCUGAUUAAAGUCUUGGCUAUAUUCAUCCUGAUUUGAAGGCAUUUUUAAUCUAAUCUGUAUUUUUAUAGGGCUGUUUUGACUCUGAGAUUGGCGACCUGCCCUGGGUUUACCAUACCUCUUGCCCAAAGUCAUCUGGGAUUGGUUCUAGCUUCCCCUGUGACCCUGAUAGAUAAGCAGUAUGGAUAAUGGAUGGCUGGUUUUUUUUUUUUUUUUUAUGCUAUAGCUUUAAAUGUGUAAAAUCAUUGCAUAAUUGAUGUCUAACUGAUUAACGGCUGAAUGUUUGCAGUGUGACUGUGUUACUUUAGCAUACCCUGGUGGCACAGUUGAUUUGGACUGGACGGUAGUACUUUCCUGAUACUGCACCUACAAUCCACAAGUGUGUGUGUGUGUGUGUGUGAGAGAGAGAGAGAUCUGAAGGCUUCACCAGCUCCCACACAUACAGUGAUGGGCAGUAGGGGCAAAUGUGCUGGUUUUAUGCCUCCACCACCUUAAGGUGCAGGAGGCAUUAUGUUUUCGGGUUGUCUGUCCCGAAACCUUGUGAACACGAUAUCUCAAAGGCUAAUGAAAGGAGUUUCAUCAAACUUUCACCAUUUGUGCACUUUGGGACAAACAUGAACUGAUUAGAUUUUGAGGUUAAAAGGUCACAGGUCAAGAUUACUGUGAGGUCAAAUAUCCAUCCCCAAACCUUGUGAAGGCCAUAUCUCAAAGACUAAUGAAAGGAAUUCCACCAAACUUUCACCAUUUGUGGACUUUGUCCCAAAGAUGAAAUGAUUAGAUUUUGAGAGCAGAAGGUCUAAGGUCAAGGUCACUGUGAGGUCAAAUGUCUGUCCGAAAACCUUGCGAACACAAUAUCUCCAAGGCAAAUGAAAGGAAUUUCGCCAAACUUUCACCAUUUGUGCAUUUGGGGACAAACAUUAACUGAUUUUAGAUUUUGAGGUUAAAAGGUCACAGGUCAAGAUUACUGUGAGGUCAAAUGUCCAUCCCCAAAUCACAACUUAAUAAGGCGUGUAGUCUACCAGGCGGAAGCAUCCCCAUCGACGCCGGUGGUGUUGAGUUCUAUCUAGUUACUAUAUUGGCCCUCUACAAUUAUUUUUUUUAAUUUUUAAAAAAAAAGUUAUUCUUCCACUUUUCACACGUGCGAAAGUUCCGUGUAGUACUACAAAAGUUACCUUGCUGAAAAAUUCAGCCUGCUCUGAUCAGCUACCAACUGCCAAAAAGACAGGCUGAGCUGGUCAAGCUCGUACACCAGAAACAAUUUCUGAAUUAUCACUACUAAUUCUAGAUAGAGAAGUUUUUCUUGUUUGAGAUUUUCUAAUCCAUUUAUUCAAGUCACGAGGCUGGAAAAUAACUUGACCUAUGGUAGCUGUUCAGAUUGAGCAGUUUUUUUUUUUUUUUGCAUGCUAGAGCUGUUAAUUAUUAAAGUCACCAAAUAGUGUAACAACAAUAUUUAAUUGAUAUAGUGCCUUUCACCAACCCAAGGAUGCUUUACUAAGUAAUGGUACUACAGAAAGAGAAUCAAAUCGGCCAAAAGAAACCAUGAGACACAGAAACCAAAAUGACAAUUUAUAUGAGCAUAAAGAAAAUGGACAAGCUCAAAGUACUGAAAAAAGAUAGAAUAGCCAGUGAUCAGAGACAGUGUGUAGUCUCACAGACUAUGAAGAUUAGAGGAGGAAAGCAAUAUGUUCACCAAACACUUUAUGAGGAAUGCUAUAUUAAUACUAAGUAGGGUCUCCCUUUGCUUUCAAAACAGCCUCAAUUCUUCAUGGUGUGGAUUACACAAGGUGUUGGAAACAUACAUUACUUUGAGAUGUUGAUCUGAUUAUCAUGCAAUUCCUGCAGAUUUUCAGGUGCAGGUUCAUGCUGCGAGUCUCACGUUCUUCCACAUCCCAAAGGUGUUCUCUUGGAUUCAGAUCCAGUUCAAGCAAUGAUUUGAUUUGGUAUUAACAGGCCCAAAAUGUGCCAAGAAAAGAUUCCCCACACCAUCACACCACUUCCACCACCAUGGACAAUUGACAGAAGGCAGGUUGGGUCCAUGUUGGUGGACUUUUCUUUCAAUUACUGCUGCGGCAAGCUCUUGGUGCCGCUGCACAAACGGAGUUCCAACAGACCAGGCUCUGACCUUCCAGUCUUCAGCUAGUUUUGGUGAGACUGUGCCCACUGCGCUUUCCAACAUGGUCUUCUGCUGUUGUAGUCCAGCUAUCUCAAGGCUUGAUGUGUUAGUCACUCUAAGAUGCUUUUCCGCCCACCACAAUUGAGUGUUUAUCUCCAUAAUGGAGUGGUUUUAUGAGUAUGUAGUAGCUCUUUCCGCUCAAACCGGUCUAACCAUUCUCCGCUGACCUCUCCAUCAAUGAGGCAUUAGAGCUGCCACUCACUUGAUGUUUAUGUUGUACAAUUCUAAUUAAACUCUUGAGACUGUUGUGCAUGAAAUUUUCAGGAGAUCAGCAGUUACAGAAAUAGUCAAGCCAGCCCAUCUGGCACCAGGAUUUGGGCCAAACUCCCCAAGAUCACAUUUCCGACCCACUUGUCGCAUCUGGCUUGCUUAUUAGGGAUGUACAGUAAUUAUGUUAAUUGUACAACCUAGUGUUUGUGACCAUGCUUUGUGAUAAUGUCUAUUAUUAAAAGCACCAUAUAAAUCAAA